AUAUCAUUAAGCUCAAAUUUUCAGCCUUUCUAUCAUUAAUCUAUCUGUAUAGAGAGGAUUCGGUUUUAUCACAUACACCAGCAGUGAGGAGGCCUCUUGUGCUAUCCAAGCAUUGGAUGGACAGGCCCUAGGACCGAUAAAUCUUGCUCUCCUUUGCUAGGGUUUUACAGAAGGCUGUGGUUCUCAUUUCCUUUCUUCUCUUUCUAUUUCGUCUUUUUUCUUCCCAGUCCAUACAGUUCGCCGGAAAGAAUUUUCAGCUGUUGCAAUGGCUUUCCUUAGUAAAGUUGGAAAUAUACUCAGACAAACUGCUAGCAAUCAGAUAAUCAAUGCUGAAUUGUCGUCGUCGAAGUCGAAAGCUUCCAUCUUUCAAGCCAUUCGGUGCUUUUCGUCCAUGGCAUCAUCGAAACUCUUUGUUGGAGGUCUUUCAUACGGUACAGACGAUUAUCAGCUGAAAGAAGCUUUUAGCAAAUAUGGUGAUGUCAUUGAAGCAAGAGUAAUUGUGGAUCGGGAGACUGGUAGGUCCAGGGGAUUUGGUUUUGUAACUUAUACUAGCAGUGAGGAGGCAUCUUCUGCUAUCCAGGCCUUGGAUGGACAGGCUCUUCAUGGCCGUAAUAUAAGGGUGAACUAUGCAACUGAGAGAGCUCCUCGUAACUUUGGAGGUGGAGGCUUUAAUCCCAACUACGGUGGUUCUGCUGGAGGCUUUGGAGGUAACUUUGGCGGUGGAAACUAUGGUCCUCCUAGUGGAAAUUAUGGAGGCAAUGCUGGUUAUGGUGGUGGUGGUGCUGCUGCCAAUACCUUUGGAAGCCAGGGAAAUUAUAGUGGUAAUUUUGGUGAUGGUGGCUAUGGAAGUAACACCAACUAUGCAACAGACAGUAACAAUCCUGAUGGAAAUGCUUAUGCUGAUGUUGCUGGUGGUGUUGGCAAUAAUUACGCAGGCACCGGCAAAGGCAGUGGACUGGAAGGAGGUGCUGAUUUCGAGUUUGGCAAGGGUGAUCAAUGUGACAGCAGCGGAAAUAACAUGGAAAAGGCACGUGAAGGUUCUGACCAAAAUGAUACAGUGGAUGGAAAUUACCGAGAUGAUGACAAUGGUGAUUUCAUCAAGAGAGAAUGAGACUUGUUAUAGUUGGAAGCAGGAAAACGGGUUUCUUCCCUGUGUCGUAGCCCCUGUUUUCUUUCUCAGUCUGAAUGAUUUUUCUGCAUUUUAUGGUUUUGGAGAGAACAAAAGGAAUUCAUAAGAUCAUGACUUUAACGUUGAGUUACCCUCUCCUUUACUCAGGCAUUUCCUAUCUUGCAAUUAGGCAGCGUCUGAAAUAUAUUUAUGCCUUUUUU